AUGGAUAGAGCUAAGGAAGCUAUUGCUAAAUCCUUUAAUAAUAAUGAAGAAAAAUACAAGGACAUUUUCACCAUAAUUGAUAAAAGAUGGGAGCUUCAGUUGCAUCGUCCCCUGCAUGCAGCGGGGUAUUAUUUAAACCUGUCAUUCUAUUAUCUGAAUCCUAAUAUCCAGAAGGAUGAUGAAAUAGUUAAUGGACUCUACUCAUGCAUAACAAAAAUGGUUGCUUCAUUGGAAGUACAAGACAAAAUACUUGCAGAACUAAGCAAGUAUAAGAGAGCUGAAGCAUUAUUCGGACAAUCUUUAGCAAUCAGACAAAGGGACAAAAUAUCUCCAGGUAAAUUUCAACUAAACGAUUACUCAACGAUACUAGCAACAAGUUCUUCUAUUAAUAUAUUUUUUGUUUGUGCCUAUAGUGGAAUGGUGGAUAAUUUUGGACAAUCAACUCCAAGCUUGCAAAAGUUUGAUGUGAGAAUUUUAGGUCUUACUUGUAGCGCUUCUGGAUGCGAGCGUAAUUGGAGUGUGUUUGAACAACUUCAUAGCAAGAAACGAAAUAGGCUUGCUCAAAGUCGUUUGAAUGAUCUAGUGUUCAUCAAAUACAACACAGCAUUAAAACAUCGAUACAACCUACAAGAUAUUGUCGAUCCCAUCUCCUUAAAAGAUAUUGAUGAUAGUAACGAAUGGUUGAUUGGAAGAUUGGAUGACGAUUCUGAGGAGGAUGAUGAGUUGGUAUUUGACGAUGAUUCUUUAACGUGGGGUGAUGUUUCUAGAGCUGUCGGAGCAAAAGAACCACCAUUCUAUUCUAGAGCUAGUACCUCUAGAGCAAAGACUAAUGUUUCAUGUUCAUCCUCGUCUACCACGCAACGCAAACAAGUAAAUUUAGAUGACUUCGAUUUGGAAGAAGAAGAUACUGAUGGCAAUAAGUCUAACGAAGGAGUGAAUGAAGACGAGGAUCAAUUUAGUGAUGAUGAGUUUGAUCUUUAG